AGCCAUAACAGUUAGUUAGCCUAGCCUCGCUGCUGAGCUCUGAUACGGUCUGAUGCAGAAAUGCUUUUCCAACAGGGCGCAGCGUCUACUCAGCUAGGCUAGCUUUCCUGGAUUGUGGAAAAAAAAGAAAAUAUUUCGCGGCAGACUGGAAAGGACCGUUGACAUCCGUUGUGAGCAUCCUUUUUUCGAGACGCUUCCAUCCAUUGUAUUUAAGAGGGAGAUAAGAAGAGCUGGCCAUCAGCAGUCAGGUCAACAGAACAUCUGCCCAGCUAGUUCUCAGCUUUGAUGCAGAACAGUCCCCCCAGGUCAAGAUGACUGAAGAGGUGAUUGUCAUCGCCAAGUUUGACUACAUGGCUCAACAGGACCAGGAGCUAGACAUCAAGAAGAACGAGCGCCUCUGGCUACUCGACGACUCCAAAUCCUGGUGGAGGGUCCGCAAUGCCACCAACAAAACCGGCUUCGUCCCGUCCAACUAUGUGGAGAGGAAAAACAGCGCCAGGAAGGCCUCCAUUGUCAAGAACCUGAAAGACACGCUCGGAAUUGGGAAGGUGAAGAACAGGAAGGGAGGGAUGAGAGACACCGCUUCAAAUGCCGACACAGAUCUGAGCACAGAUAACGGCGAGAGGCUGUACGACCUCAACGUGCCCGCCUUCGUCAAGUUCCACUAUUCGGCGGAGCGUGACGACGAGCUGUCCCUGGUGAAAGGCACACGGGUGGUGGUGAUGGAGAAGUGCAGUGACGGCUGGUGGCGGGGCAGCUACAACGGACGCUCUGGCUGGUUCCCUUCCAACUACGUGACAGAGGAUGUAGAUGGGACGGCGGGAGGAGGCGGCAUGGGCGGAUUUGGAGAUCCGGCUGCCGGAUCGCUGACUGAUCAGGUGGUCACUGUGGUGAGCAGCAGCGCAAACGGAAACAGGGUGCUGCACACAGUUCAAGCUCUCUACCCGUUCGAAUCUGGCAACGACGAGGAACUGAACUUUGAACGGGGCGAGGUAAUGGAAGUCAUAGAGAAGCCAGAGAACGACCCGGAGUGGUGGAAGUGCCGCAAAGCAGACGGACAGUUGGGCCUGGUGCCUAAGAACUACGUCACUGUGCUUGACUCCAGCUCCCAUAAGUCCACAGGGGGGCCGGCCGGGCCUCCAACACCUGACUGUGACUACAUCUCUCCCUCAGGCAGCGGGCGCUUCGCUGGGAAGGAGUGGUACUAUGGAAAGGUGACGCGCCAUCAGGCUGAGGUGGCUCUAAAUCAGAGAGGCACGGAGGGAGACUUCCUCAUCCGAGACAGCGAGUCAUCGCCGAACGACUUCUCCAUUUCCCUGAAGGCGCAGAGCAAGAACAAGCAUUUCAAAGUUCAGCUCAAGGAGAACCUUUACUGCAUCGGACAGCGCAAAUUCAACUCUAUGGAGGAGCUUGUUGAACACUACAAAAAGGCUCCCAUCUUUACCAGUGAGCAGGGAGAUAAACUGUACCUGAUCAAAGCCCUGGCUGCCUCCUGAUCCCACCCUUAAUCACAAACAGAUUAAUGGCUUCCAUAUAGAAAAAAACUGAUCCUUACACCAGAACACACACUAACAUUUCAGCUCCAAGCCUGAAGACUUAACACAUCAUCAGGACUUAAAUGGCCGCUUUGUGAGCAUUCCAAGAGGAGAUAUGGAAAAAGCAUGGGAGAGACAUUGAGAGGGCUGGAGAAAAGAGUUGCAUAUCCUCAGAGUUGACUACAGACCUCCUGGUCGCAUUUUUAAAUUAUCCACAUGUUAGCUCAUAGGCAACGGCAUGUAUUUUCACCCUUGGUAUCUAUUAGGGUUUCAUUUAGAUUUCUUUAUGUUGAUAAUAUAUAAUCUUUGCUUUAACAGUUUCCUUUAAAGAUGUGAUUUUCAUUUUUUUGUACUUUUGUUUUUUUUUUUUUUAAACACACGACAUAUUGAGAUAUUUUAAGAUGAAAACGUACUCAGAGCCAUGCCUAAAGGUCUUACAAGUUGACUCCCUUUGUUUGUCUUACAGCCUUUUUUUUCGUGAAUGUGGACAAUAAUCCACAACUUCAGCUAAUAAGUGAUAAUAAAUCAAGUGACCAAACUAUAUUUAUUUAGAUUUGUUAGGAUCCGUGUUGUUAAGUUGAAAUAGUAAGGUGCAUCUUUCUUUUUUCUCUAUUCCUUGUGCAAAUAGGCUUUUUAUUUUCAGUACAAUAGAAGUGCUUGUGCCACAUUUUGCUGUAUCCACAUCAUGUGAAUGUUACAAAGAGGAGGAAAAUUACACGGCCAAUCUCAUGAUGCUAACAAGUGGGAUAGGGUAAAACCAAACAUCCUUUUAUCUUCCAUUAAAUUGCCUUUUCCUGACUGAUAACAGGUUGGGGUGUUCUGAGCAAGGAUCCUUUCUGAUUUUAUUUUAUUUUUUAUUUUCAAAGGACUAAACAUGUGUGACGGGGAAAAAAAAAAGAAAUGUGUGCAGGUUUUCAAUCCAGUUGCUGAUGAAGGAAUUCUACGAUUAUCCCCAUUUAUGGACCGAAGUCCAAAGUCCCUGAGCUAUUAUCUGAUUUUCCUGUCUCUAAACUAAAAGAAAGUCCAUCAGAGUACAUGUUGGUGUUUUCUGUAGAAUGAAAACGAUGGUUGCUCUUAUUUUGAUGACUUUAAAUAUCAAAAGAGAUUUUUCUUUUUAAGCAUUUGAUCUCCUGAUUAAACAAAAACUGGGUGCUUUAGUUUGGUUGAUUGCUGCCUCUACUUAACCAGAAAUCCAGUGACCAUCAUCUGUUUUUUCAUAAAUGAAUCUUUGUCAAAAAAUGUGCAUUAAAGCACUUUCUUUUGUUCUGUGGUCUUAUAAAGUGAAAAUCUUGGUUGAAAAGUAUUUAACAAAUAUUGAGGAAUCUUACUUCCCUUGGAUAAAAAUCGACAGAAUUGAUCUCUUAGUAUUGGGAGUAUCUUUGCAUCUAAUGAUUAACUUUGGAGCAGUGGAGACUUUUUUCUUUUUUUUUUCGAAGUCAGGAAAAUCUAUAAAUCCAGUUCUGGAGAAAAGAGGAAGUGGAGGACCAGUCCUGGCUGCCAAGAGCAUGAUGUCACUGCUCCUGAAUAAGUGAUUACUUGAGCUAAUAGAGGGUCACCAGGGGGUCAAGUGUACGUACUUGCAAAACAUGUACAUCAUACAAGAAAACGAGCCAUUCCUUAAGGAGGUGGUAAAAACCCACCUUUUUUUACACAGCGGGGGUCUGGAGGGAAUGGGUUUUUCACUAGAAUGGGAGAAGGUAGAGUUGAAUGUUGAAGGGAAGCAAUCUAAGCUACAGCAGGAGUGCUGGCAGGAAGCCACUCCAGCCGGGGGAUGUUGACGACGAUGAUGAUGACCAUCGCAAAGCUUGCGAUGAUGAGUUCUGCAGCUGGUUGGACCCGGGCACAAAAAGAAGACGAGGGAAGGAAAAAUAGAUUAAGGAAUUGGAGAGCAUGUUUUUACUGUUCCACCACACCCAAUUAUUCAUGUGCAACUGGGCGCGUAGAAGGCUUUUUGAUGAGAGACUCUAAAGUGAUUGACAGAAGUAGACAUGCUCCAAUUGGAAUCGCUGAAUCCUGGUUUCUACAAGCUUUGACCUAAUAUCAAUUUUACCCAAAAAAAAUAGUUUUCUUUACAAACCCUGUUAAAGAAAUAUUUAAAAAAAUAAUGAACAGAGGCAACUAUCACACUGUGUGUGAGACUUGGUGGUUGAUGUUGGUUAAAUUAAGACCAUGAUUGGGGAACAUAUCAGCAUUAUUUAUCAUUUAGCACAGCUAGGAAUGAUUCCUUUAGUCUCCAUGUAAUGUAAGAUCCUUACUUUUAGAUCUUUAAAAGCCUGCCAGAAAUUUCUUUUCUGUAAUGUUCCAAAAUAUUUUUUUCUUUUUCUUUUUACUGAGAAUAAUUAAUGUCCAACUUGGCUGUGUUCUAUCCACUCAUGUUGUCUGCUUAAAGUCCUGUGUUCUCACCGUAUGUAACACUCAACAAGCCACAGAAGUGUCUCAACGUGUCACAUAGAGACAGUUGACUUUCAAGUAGUAUCUCUGAUACUAAAUAUGGCUUCUUUGGAGUUAUUUACUCUGUAAUAACGUCCUAAUCAAAGAAAGAAAUCAGUGUGGAGUGACAGUACUUUGUAAUGGUGUAAUGAAAUCUGGAUUUAAGACCGGCCUAAUCUCAAUUUACCAUUGAAUGUUCAUGUUAUUUAUAAAUAGAUAAACCUAAUGAAAGCAGGAUCACUGAAAUUUGUAGUGAUAUAUCUGGUUUCUAAUAGUAUUGAUCAAUUAAAUUGCAUUCCCAUUUUAAACUACAUUGUUUUCAGGAGUAAUACCCAAUCUGCAACCAUCUUCUCCAUUAAUCUGAUAUGAAAACCUUAUUUUUAAGUCAGUCCAGUUUCUAUAGGAUCUCAAAUGUGUGUUGUUGUUUUUUGCAUAGCAUUAAAGUGAAUCCACCAACACUUUCUGCCCCACUUUUAAGGAUUUAGGAGAAUCUUAUGUGCCUUCACAGCUUUCUGGCAAACCAAAGCUUUAGCAGCCCCACCCGCCCUCCAUAACCGUACUUUCCACUUCCCUAAUCACUGCUAUCUGCUUAAAGCUUUGCAUGUGCAUCGAUGGAGCGAUUAGAAGAUGUGUCAGGAACACAUCCUCCUAUGGACGAGCAUUUCCUCCUUCAGCCUGCUCGAUCAUGCAUCAAAUGCCCUUUUAGUUGAUCCGUUUCUUUUCAAGUGACCUUACCAUGGCUGACUUCAUCGAGUAUUAGAUGAACAGUGAUCGCCUACAUGUAAAUGAUAAAAACACAUGGAUGUUGGGUGAUUAACACAACUCCAGGUAUGAUGUAAUCAUGACCUCGAUCUGUAUGAGCACCUCAAGUAACUGUAUCAUGAAACAUUGAUGGUUUCUUAAUAUAUAACUUUUACGUCUUUGACUAUUGUAAUUUCACAGCUUUUUGCCUCUUUUUUUUUUUUUGCAGUUUAGCCACAUUUAUGAAAGAAAUCCUAAAUAUUUAAAUAUUUACCUUGGCAUCAAACAACUACAGAAUCUCCCAGCUUAGAUAUUGUUACUGGGAGCUGUUUGAUGGCUCAAUAAAAUGAGGCUGCAUGAGCAGAGCCUUAAAGCUGUGCAAGAGAAUCUGCUUUAACGACACAUUAAAGUCAGUUGUGAUGGAUAUUAUCAAGACCGCUCCUCCUGAUGGGGCUACUGCUCACCCUGAACCUGAGAAUUGUAAAACUUUCACACAGAUGUCUUGAUAAUAUUGAAACAAGUGGCCCGUUUUUGUUUUUUGGUGCUUUUGUGCUGCUUACAUUUCUGUGGUGAUUAAAGCCUUUUUUUUUCUGCAAGUCAAGAGUGAAGAACCAGAUUCAUACUGUGGAAUGAUUAAAAAGGCAGUGCUGUGAAAAAAAAAGCAAUGUUAUGCUCUUAAUACUGUUUUUAUGGAGGGGAGACUGUCUUCAGGUGUAAUAAUUUAGAAGAUUUAGAGUGUCAAAGAUGUAAUAAACUUAUAAAAAUGAA